GGGGCCUGUUGCUAUGCGCCGCCGGCCGGAUAUAAGGGCGGCUCCAGGGCAGCUCCAGAGUUAUUGCCCCCGGACCGAGCACCAUGGCUGACAGAGAGCAGAAGCCGCACCGCGUCGUGGACGGCGAAGAUCCGGACACCGGGCUCGGCUGCUGCGGGUGGAUCCUGGUGGUCGUGUCCUUCUUCUUUGCCAUCAUCACCUUUCCUGUAUCAGUAUGGAUGUGUAUAAAGAUUGUGAAGGAAUACGAGCGGGCGAUCAUCUUCAGAUUGGGGCGUAUUCUGCGCGGAGGAGCCAAGGGCCCAGGUCUCUUCUUCGUCCUGCCCUGCACCGACAGCUUCAUCAAGGUGGACAUAAGGACCAUCUCCUUCGACAUCCCCCCCCAAGAGAUCCUGACUAAAGACUCGGUGACGGUCAGCGUGGACGGCGUGGUGUACUACCGAGUCAAUAACGCCACCCUGGCCGUGGCCAAUAUCACCAAUGCCGACUCUGCCACCCGCCUCCUGGCACAGACCACCCUGCGGAACGUGCUGGGCACCAAGAACCUGUCCCAGAUCCUGUCCGACCGGGAGGAGAUCGCACACAACAUGCAGUCCACCCUGGAUGUCGCCACAGACGACUGGGGGAUCAAGGUGGAGCGCGUGGAGAUCAAAGACGUCAAGUUACCCAUCCAGCUGCAGAGGGCGAUGGCGGCAGAGGCGGAGGCGUCACGGGAGGCCAGAGCCAAGGUCAUCGCUGCAGAAGGUGAGAUGAAUGCCUCUCGGGCUCUGAAAGAAGCCUCCAUUGUGAUCUCAGAGUCCCCGGCCGCCCUGCAGCUCCGUUACCUGCAGACACUGACCACCAUUGCUGCGGAGAAGAACUCCACCAUCGUCUUCCCUCUGCCCAUUGACAUGCUGCAAGGAAUCCUCGGUGGCCGCAAGUAACGAGGCAGAGACUGAGCCAAAAACCGCAGCCUCCAGAUUGGAUCUGACGCUAUAGCCAUUAAUCGCCGCCUUCACUCCUCGUUUUUACACUGGUUCCUUUGUUGACGGCCGUCUUCACAUUAUGUUUAGUCAUGUUUAACGUGCCCACAAAGUACAUGUUAAACGGAUGUCGUACAGUGGAGGCGCCGCACGUCUGCGUCAUGUGAACAGCCCCCUAUAGAUGGCGCUGUAAUUAAUCGCUGCAUUUUAUAUAUUGUGUCAAAUAAACAGGUUUCCAUAUG